AUGUGGAACCUGAAGGCCCAGGAAGCAAUGAAAACUCACUGUCGUGUUCGGCGACCAUAUGGCCCGUGUGGCAUGCUGCAUUGUUCUGAUGAAAGUAUCCUGCUGCCAAAAAGGGAUGAACUUGGUCAGCCACAACACUUAGGUAAGCCCUACUGUCCAAACGCCCGGCCAUGUGUAUCGGAGGACCCAGGAGUGCAAGCGUGCGUGAAUGGUAAAUCGCGCGUGCGCACUUUAUCGUCCCUCUUUUGGCUUCGCACCUCUUCUGCUGAAAUGGCCAAACGCACCAAGAAGGUGGGGAUUGUGGGGAAGUACGGCACCCGUUAUGGUGCUUCCCUCAGGAAAAUGGUGAAGAAAAUCGAAAUCACCCAGCACGCAAAAUAUACCUGCUCCUUCUGUGGCAAGACAAAGAUGAAAAGGAGAGCUGUUGGCAUUUGGCACUGUGGGUCCUGCAUGAAGACUGUAGCGGGAGGUGCUUGGACAUACAACACGACAUCUGCUGUAACAGUCAAGUCUGCCAUCAAGAGACUGAAGGAGAUGAAAGACCAGUAGACUGGGACUUUGUUUUUGUACAGGUUAACUUCUAUGUCUGAGACUCUGCGUUUAUUGUGUGACUCACUGAAACAUCUCACAAUAAAUUUUAAGUCUUGAGCGGGA